ACGAUUGCUGACAAUGAUACGAGCGUUCGCCGGCAAUGCAUGCACCGACCGUAGAAUAGCAGAAGUCCACAUUCGAACGAAAAAAUACCGGCUCGCAUUUUUUGCCGAAGCCGUAUAGUAGAGGGGAAUGUUAUGAAAUUUUUCAUGAUUCGCAAUAUUACCUCUCCCAAAGUUCCGAGCAGAAACAUUUUAAACUCAGCGUACGGUGUAUAUACCCCUGUACGCAUUAGUUAGUCAGUCGACAAGCUGUAACUUAACUUUUUCUACGUCGCACGAUGCAGAGUUCCGUCGAAGCUUCGAAAAAAAUUGCAGCUUACCGAGCAGUCAACGAGUACGUCAAGGAUAACACUGUGAUUGGAAUUGGUAGUGGGUCCACUAUUGUGUAUGCCGUCCAUAGGCUAGCGAAACGGGUUCAGGAUGAGAAUCUUGAUGUAGUCUGCGUGCCCACAUCAUUUCAAGCGCGUCAACUAAUCGUCGAACAUAAUUUAAAAUUAGGUGAUUUGGAUAUCUAUCCUGAGCUCGACUGUGCCAUUGACGGAGCUGAUGAAGUGGACAACGAUCUGAAUCUCAUCAAGGGCGGAGGAGGAUGUUUGUUGCAAGAAAAAAUUGUAGCUUCUUGUGCCAAAAAUUUAGUCAUCGUAGCUGAUUACACCAAAAAUUCCAAGAAACUUGGUGAACAAUACAAAAAAGGAGUACCGAUCGAAGUAGUACCUAUGGCAUAUGUUCCGGUGAUGAAAAAAAUUGAAAAUCAUUUUGGUGGCUCAGUGACACUAAGAAUGGCGAUGAAAAAGGCUGGUCCAGUAGUAACUGAUAAUGGAAACUUUAUAUUGGAUUGGCAAUUUCCCGAUAAAAAUAUCGAUUGGCCAGCAGUGAAUCAGCAACUUUUAUUGAUCCCUGGAUUAAUCGAAACUGGUCUCUUUAUUAACAUGGCUAAGAAGGUAUUUUUUGGUAUGUUGGAUGGUAGUGUUAAAGAACAGCCUUAAUUUUUCAAUUACCCUUGUUUGUAAAACGCACAAAUUGGAUUGAAGAUUUUAAUGAUGCCCAUGUCGAAAAAUAUGAAAUCUAACAUUUAGUUUUUGUUCUUAUAGUGACUGCUAUUUUUUCAUGAUUAUUUUUAUAGUAUAAAAUAAUUUUCACCAAGUGCCUAUGUAUAUAAGUGGAUGCAUUUUUCGAUCUUUUUAUAAUACUCUUAAGGUUUUUAUAAUAAAAAAAUUUUUGACUACAAUA